CUCUUUCCUCUCCGCUGUUCCCUGCUUCCAACUGCCUUCAACUCUUGUUGCGGCAGCAGAGCAAAACAGCACAAAGCCUCACAUUUUCCUAAUCACUACAUAUACUCAUUAUCUAUCAAUUCAUCGAGAUGCCUUCCGUUGCUAUCGCCGAAGCUCAAUCCGCCGACAAGAAGAAGAUCAAGAAGCACUCCGGAGUUGCGGAGAUGGAGGUGGAGGACAACAAUUCAGCUGAGAAAAAGCUCAAAAAGGAGAAGAAGUCGAGCAAAAAGGCCAAAUUGACUGACCUCGACGAUUCUAAUUCCGACAGCCCUGUCAAAAUUAGUAAAAAGGAAAAGAAGCGGAAGGCUUUGGAAAUCGACGACAAUGAGGAAGGGAGGAGUGAAAACACCUCCGAGGUGAAGAAGAAGAAGAAGAAGAUGAAAUUUGUGGGGGAGGACGGAAAAGAGGAGAAUCCUAAUGCUGUAUCCAAUUUCCGAAUUUCGGCGCCGCUUAGGGAGGCUUUGAAGGUCAAGGGAAUUGAGGCGCUGUUCCAGAUUCAGGCAAUGACGUUUAAUACCAUUCUUGAUGGUUCCGAUUUGGUUGGAAGGGCCCGCACUGGUCAGGGGAAAACGUUGGCCUUUGUGUUGCCUAUAUUAGAAUCAUUGACAAAUGGUCCUGCUAAAGAAUCAAGGAAGACUGGAUAUGGAAAGGCACCAAGUGUUCUUGUUCUCUUGCCCACGAGGGAGUUGGCCGCACAGGUGGCUGCCGACUUUGAAGUUUAUGGCGGAGCUCUAGGGUUGAGUUGCUGUGUCCUGUAUGGGGGGUCUUCUUAUGGACUGCAGCUGAAUCAAUUGAAAAGAGGUGUUGACAUUGUUGUUGGCACUCCUGGUCGCAUUAAGGAUCACCUAGAGAGCGGAAAUAUUGACUUUCGAUCCUUAAAGUUCCGAGUGCUUGAUGAAGCUGAUGAAAUGCUGAGGAUGGGUUUUGUUGAUGAUGUUGAACUCAUUCUUGGCAAGGUAGAGGAUUCUAGCAAGGUUCAAACGCUUCUUUUUAGUGCUACUUUACCGUCCUGGGUCAAGCAAAUAUCUUCCAAAUUUUUAAAACCAGACAAGAAAACUGUUGACCUUGUUGGUAAUGAGAAAAUGAAAGCCAGCACCAAUGUAAGGCAUUUUGUCCUUCCCUGCACUGCAUCUGCCAGAGCUCAGCUCAUUCCUGAUAUCAUUAGCUGUUAUGGCAGUGGAGGACGCACUAUUAUUUUUGCAGAGACAAAGGAUUCUGUUUCCACACUAUCUGGUGUGCUUCCCGGAGCACGCGCAUUGCAUGGUGACAUACAACAGUCUACCCGUGAGGUAACUCUUAAAGCGUUCAGAUCAGGCAAAUUUUCUACGCUUGUGGCUACAGAUGUAGCAGCACGAGGAUUAGACAUUGAUGAUGUCCAGUUAAUUAUUCAGUGUGAGCCUCCUCGUGAUGUAGAGGCAUACAUUCAUCGGUCUGGCAGAACAGGAAGAGCUGGGAAAAGUGGUGUCGCUGUGAUGCUUUAUGAUCCUAGGAAGUCUAAUUUUGCCAGAAUAGAAAGAGAAUCAGGUGUGAAAUUCGAACGUAUAAGUGCUCCACAGCCAUCUGAUAUAGCUAAAUCAGCUGGUGUUGAAGCUGCUGAAAAAAUCAACGAGAUUUCUGAUAGUGUGAUUCCAAUAUUCAAAGCUGCUGCCGAAGAACUACUCAACUCUUCUGAUUUAACCCCAACAGACCUUCUUGCUAAAGCUUUGGCCAAUGCUGCCGGUUAUACCGAAAUCAAGAGUCGAUCACUUCUCACCUCAUUGGAGAACCAUGUUACUGUAAUGCUCGAGUGUGGAAGGCCCAUUUUCUCACCUUCGUAUGUUUAUGGAACGCUGAGGAGGUUUGUACCUGAAGAUAAGGUUGAAUCUAUUCAGGGUCUUUCAUUGACUGCAGACGGGAAGGGUGCUGUAUUCGAUGUAGCUACCGAAGAUCUCGAUACAUUCCUUGCAGGGCAGGGGAAUGCGCCCGGUGUGAGCUUGCAAGUGGUGACAUUAUUGCCAGAUUUGCAAGAAAGAGCCCCGUUAAGAGGAAGAUUUGGUGGUGGCGGUGGUGGCCGUGGUGGUUUCUCGGGGAGGAGAGGAGGUGGCAGGUUUUCUGGUGGUGGUGGAAGAGGAUCAUUUUCUAGAGGUGGUGGCAAUAGAAACAGUAGAUGGUGAGAAGGGAACUAACAGAUGCAAAGGUGCAUCAAAUUUUGGUGCUGACAAUGAUUGAGUAUAUCAUUUUUGUUUUGUAGUA